AUGAGGACCAAGAGCGUUCAAAAUAAUUCGGCUUCGACUGCCGUCGCCAAGAAGCCAUGGAAGCCAGGCCUGCUCGCUCAGUUUCCAUGGUUAGGCGUCGCGGCCAUCAUAGGGGCUCUUGCGGGCCUGGCGGCGUCUGUGGCGAUUUUGGUGUACUCGAAUGAUAAACCUCUCGCGUCCUGGAGAUACCAACCCUCGACUUACCUCUCGAUUGCUUCGACGAUAGGCAACAUCUGUAUGGGCUUUGCUCUCAAAGAAGGCGCCAAUGUCGCCUGGUGGCGUCGGUCGCUCAAAGACAAGACGUCGAUUGCUGAUUUACAUCGCUACUGGAGCCAUGGCAGCUUCUUAUCCGCCCUCCUCGCGGGAAAGCAUAUCAGCUGGCUGGCGACUGCAACCAUAGUGGCCACGAUUGCUCAAUUUAACGGACCCCUUCUUCAACGAGCUUCACGAGUCAUUGUUCGCCAAGAUGUGUCGCAGACUACUGUUCAGUUGCGACUUGUUCCAAGUCUUCCUUUCGGAUUCAGCGGUUUCGUGAGCGGCCGGGCAUAUUACGCUUCCCUCUUCACCACACCCUUCAGCGAUAUCGUUCAGGAUUGGAAUAUUCAAGCGCCCAUAUCAUUCCAAGGGUCUGGCUGCCAAGGGACUUGCGGAACACGGGUCACGGGCGUUGGGUUUGCGACAAAUUGUUCUUCGUACACACUUCCCUUUGACCUCAACCCAAGUGAACCAUUCAACGCUUCUACCGAUCCCGCCGUGGUGAAUGGCACGACGGCUUUCGAAACAAACUAUUUCUGGGCCAUGCAAAUCCCGGGCAAUAUCAGCCUAAGCGUCGCUGCUAAAGAGACCAGCGACUGUCAAGGGUUUCUUCGCGUCACGAACUGUACCCUCCAGCAAGCUACAGUCCAAUAUCAGGUUAUAAUUGACGGGAAUGCCUCAACCAUCUCUCUUGAUCCUUCUACGACAGUCUUCGACGACGUUGUUGAUCAAAUCGUUCCCGUUCUUGACCCCCUCAUGGACGGGCCAACCACAUUGGGUGGAUUUGGGUAUGCCUUGAGUAAUAGGUACGACUCUGCCGCUCACCUGCGCUUUGUCGGAGCUGUAGGGUAUGAGUUAAUUUCAACGGGGAAUAUGGCAACACAAUACGCCAACCUGACCGGGAUAACUGAGUCAUAUUCUCUGGCUCCUGCCUCGUCCUGCAACUUAUCCUUCCGAGACCCUCUAGCAGACCUUCUGGCCGGUGCACGGGAGCUCAUGUUCCGCAGCAGCCUGGCCGCCGCAAAUGCGUCUGUUCCGGUGCAAAUCCUCCCCGCGAGUCAGUCGUUGAGCAGGCCCAUCUACCAUACCAAUUAUGUGUACCUGGGUGUCGCCACAGCGGUAGUCUUGUUUGCCCUGACGUUGAUCGCCGCAACAUUCUGGGGCUACAAUGUCCUAGGCCGCAAAUUCAGCAUGAGUCCACUGGAAACGGCCAAAGCGUUCAACCCACCUCUCCUGCGAAGUGCCGACAGCAAUGCGCCGAUCAAAGACUUGAUCAAAGAAGUGGGUGACAGGGAGAUUAGAUACGGAGCUGUUCUUGUCACGACGGGCGGGAAACCCACACCAUCAAACGGGGAAAGUCAGGAACCUGGUACCCCUGGAACAGACCAUGAGGAGGUCGGUCCCGCAGCCAGAGUGAGACUUGAAAUAGCCGACCGCACAGUCGUGCAAAGUCCAAGGGUAGGGUGGACGUUUGAGGGUUAGAAGAACGCAUGCUGUGUCAGAUAUGGGUAAGUAGGUAGGUGCCCGCAAUGUGGGCGUGUGAGUGGGACAAGAGAGAAGGAAGCGGACGGCGGAGCGAGCGGACUAAAUAGUCGUCAGUGGGAGAGCAAAGCGGCAGGGAAUCAUCAGUCAUCUAAAGGAUAUGUAUUGAUACAAAU